CGCCGCCCGAGCGCCGCCGCCGCUGCCCGAGGACCGACGCUAGUUGUGCCCGAGGACCACCGCCGGCGCCCGAGGAUCGCCGGGACCGCCCGAGAGCUGUGCUGAGGUCCCGCGAGGUUCCCGCCCUCCUACAGAUGUGACGUCAAACAGCAGUGCAGCGGAAACGCGAAAGGCCAGCACCGUGCCGCAGAACAACGCCACUGCGUCACCGCGCACAACCACCAAUCAAUCGUACGAGCCCAAGCCGCCCAGCAUCGACGUGGUUGGUGCGGAGCUGACGACCAGUGACGUCAUCACGGAGAGUGACGUCGUUGAACUUCGCCCGGAUCAUCUCUGCUCCUUGCACAAGUUCCAGAAAAUGAAGGACGCGCUGCUGCAGCUGAGCAGGAAGCAGCUGGAGCGAGACGGCAGGCCUGUCGGCCGCGAGUACGUCAUCAGCAGACUCUUCAGCCAGUACGACCUCAACAACAACGGCCUCCUGGAGACGGCCGAGCUGCGCAAGGUGACGGAACAACACCAUCUGAAUGACCUGAUAUCCGGCUGUGACCUCACCGAUCUCUCCCACUUCGACGACACCAGCGGCGACGGCAAGCUCGACAUCAACGAGUUCUACAUCGCCUUCAACAAGCUAUACAGUAUCGCCAUGGUGUCGCUGGACAAAUCUCUGGAGGUGAACCUUCUGUCCGCUCUGGUGGGUGACAACGUCGAGAUCAAGUGUGACGUCACUGGGUCUCCGGCGCCCCGCGUCGUCUGGAGACGGUCGGGCCGGGAGCUGACUCAGCUGCAGGACGAGGCUCUGCGCGUGUUCCCGGACGGCUCCCUGUACCUGAGCCAUGUGCAGCUCAUCCACGCCGGCAACUACACGUGCCACGCGCGUGACAACGCCGAGGUGCUGCAGACCCACGUGCUGAACGUGCAGACGCCACCGCUGUCGGAGGUCGAUCGCCGUCUGCAGAACAAGGGCGUCGGCCAGAUGGCACACAUCCAGUGUCACGCUUCAGGAAUACCAGCACCCCAAAUCACCUGGCUGAAGAACGAGACGCCAAUCAGCCCGCAGGCGGGCAGGUAUGACGUCACGGCGGGCGGCAGCGGACUCCUGAUUGGUCCGCUGACAGUCAGUGACACAGGCGCCUACAUGUGCGAGGCGAGCAACUCCGCGGGCCACGCCCGGGCCGUCAGCAGCCUGCUGGUGCAGCAGAAGGCGCAGCCAGACGAGCCGACCGACUCGGAGAGUCAGCUGAUGCUGUUCCACGACUGGGGCAUCUCUGUGUACGACCCCAGCAGCUGCCGGCUGGAGCAUCAAAUCCAGGGCUCCGACAUUAUACCCGGCACCCAGGACUACGUGUGCGGCGGGCUGCGGCGGGCCUGCGAGUGGGGCGCGGCCGUGGAGGUGGCCGGCGUGUACGUGUACGUGACGCAGCCGAUGCUGCAGCGCGUGCUGCUCAUCAGCCGCCGGCAGCUGCUGGUGGUGGACGUGGUGUCCACGGACGAGCUGCCCGUGCAGCUGCAGUACGUGCCGCACCUCGACCAGGUGUGGGUUCUCAACUGGCGAGCCGCCGGGAACCGCGGCGUGAGAACAGUGCAGGUCAUACGCAACGCCAGCCAGAAGCGGCGCCACUUCACCGUCCACCUGCAGCCCAUCAACGACCACGUGGACCUGGUGAUGAACAUGCUGGUGCCGCCGUCGGAGCUGGCCGACCAGAAGUUCCGCUACGCCUUCGUCACACACAGCAACCACCGCGGCAUGUACAAGGUGGACAUGAAGACGCUCAACUUCGUCAAGUCGGUCGACCUGACACCCUACAACUGCGUGCCACAGAAGGCCCAGUUCGCUCGCAUCUACGGCUUCGUGGUGAUCUCCUGCAUGGAACCGGUGACGUCACGGCCCAGUGGCCAGCUGCUGUACGAUCAGCUGACGGACUCGGUUGUGAGCGCGCAACCGAGCCUGAUUGGCGAGCCGUACCUGACCCCGGACUCGGCCAGCUGCGUCACCGUCCGUCGCGGCCCGGUCACCACGCUGGCGGUGCAGCGGCUGAACGGUGACGGUCUCGUGUUCGCUUUCGACGUGCGCACGCCGCUGAACAUCAGUGACGUCACGUUCCACCCGAGCCGUUCCGGACAUGGCUACGACCUGUACGCCACCGCCCGGGGCGUGGCUGAGGUCAUGGUCAUUGACCUGGAGUCAGGUCAGGUUGAGAUCCUGACGAGCGUGGGCGGCGGCUCGCUGUCCGAGCCGGACCGCUGGGGCCGCCCGGAGCGCCCUCUGAACUCGGCCGGCCGCUUCCAGUGUCAUCUAGCGGCGGCCGACGGAGACACGCUGCUCGUGCUGAACGGCCGCACACACACGGAGAACUGCCGCGUGGCCGGGCUGCGCGGCCUGCGGCUGCAGAUCUGGCUGCAGAAGAUCGCCGACGCCGAAUAAGGCGUCGUGUGAGGCAAAGUGAUUGGAUGAGGGAGAUGGGCAUGCAGGUCCCGGGAAUGGAGACAGAGUGAGGGAUACAACAGUGAGGAAAACGGCGCUAUGAAUUACGCGGUUAAGGGCUAGUGACCACCAAGCAUGCAGUCGAGCCAGAGGACGUUGGUUUGACUUCGCCCGAUGAGGCGCAGCAUGCAUCUACACGGCUUCACUCUGGGGAGACCACAACGGCUGGUGCCGUCACUUCAUCGGAGGAGCUCGAAGAAAAGAAGAAACACCAGGGCGCCACUUUCCGAAGACGCAAAUUGCUCGCGGAUUCCGGUUUCCUUCAGCGACAGGUCAUUGGGGAGUUACAUUGGAGGUCAUGUGUGUUGCCAGUUAACGCACGGGAAAAGACGUAUGGUAGCAGACACUAAAGCGAAGAAAGGUUUUACGGAAUCAAAACUUUUGAGAACACCUUAAUGUUAAUCCCGUCAAUGGGCCUGCGUCUCCGCCUUCCCGCGUACGCUGCUAUCGUAGCGAGAGAUUGAAAUGCCCGCGGACAGAUGUCACUGCAACACAGACCAACCAAAACAAAAGCUGGGCGUGGUGGGGGCUGUAGAUGUAUGCUGCCAAAUACGAGGCCGUGUGCUCGCUUGUCUGCUUCUCAACGUGACGCGAGCCGUAAGCAGGCUGCGCUGAGCUCAGGCGUCUGCCGCAGGGCUGGCUGCGCUGGGCUCAGACGUCUGCCGUAGGGCUGCUGCGCUGGGCUCAGACGUCUGCCGUAGGGUCUGGCUGCGCUGGGUUCAGACGUCUGCCGCAGAGCUGGCUGCGCUGGGUUCAGACGUCUGCUGCAGGGCUGGCUGCGCUGGGUUCAGACGUCUGCCGCAGAGCUGGCUGCGCUGGGCUCAGACGUCUGCGGUAGGGCUGGCUGCGCUGGGCUCAGACGUCUGCCGUAGGGUUGGCUGCGCUGGGCUCAGACGUCUGCCGAGCUGGCUGCGCUGGGCUCAGACGUCUGCCGCAGAGCUGGCUGCGCUGGGCUCAGACGUCUGCCGAACUGGCUGCGCUGGGCUCAGACGUCUGCCGAGCUGGCUGCGCUGCUGAGUCUGGCCAAGGACACGGCUGGGUAACUACGGUGACAGCCGGCUGACGUGAAUGUAGGCAUCUUAAUCAGUGCUACUGGAGACAUUGUGUGCCCGGCAUUUCGAUCGCUGUAGAAAAUUCCAUGUUUACACGUAAACUCCGGGAGAGACAUGGGCACUUGAUGGCUGUAAGAUGUUCAUGUGCUAGGAUAUUCAUUCAGGUUUGAACAUCCGGUUCAUUAAUUAAUUAAUUUCAGUCCGGUUUAUGUUGCACGGUGGAGAGCUUUUCGCGUCUCGAGAGCGUUCGGUGAUGAUAUUUGCAUCGAGAUAUGUGUGUGCAUUGCUCUUGCUAUUUUCUGACUUGCCCAAUUUGGGUGAAGAGGUGCUCAUACGAGCAAGAAGACCCCGUUCCGCCGCCGGUGCUAUCGUCACGUCUACACAAGCACAAGCAGUAACGUAGUCAUCAUGCUCUGAAACUGAAGCAUGGUGGCACGUGGCUAAGAGCCUAUGCGGUCGGGGGUCAGCACGAGCACCAAAACUGGGUCAGCGAUGGCCCAGUGUUGAUGGUUCGUAGUCGGUGCUGACGUCAUAGGUCAGCUGAGAGCUGGGGCGAGUACAUUGCCAGUGAACCUAAGACACGCACUGUUCAUCAAUGGAUAGACGGAAACACUCGCAGUAUUUGUUAUCUCUGCCUUACGCAUUCCUUGCCGGGAAAAGAAGAGCGGCUCCCUCUGCCUUCAAAUUCGUGCUCCGAUGCGACUGCAGCGUGUUUGUGUCUGCAAGGUGAAUGGUAGCGUAUCCAAAUGAUCUCAUUUUAGCUUGUCAACCGCGAGGGCAUGUGACCCACAAUGACGUCAGUGUGGUGUACCAGUUCGUUCCCAUCUCGACGUCUGUUACGCGCGGCCAUGCUGUCGUCGGUUUGUGCGCUGUCGCGUUUAAGUGCUGGUCUAGCCUGUAGCAGCACGCGAGUGAAUGGGUGACGUGUGCUCUCUGUCUGUGACGGAGUUUUGUAGUACUCUCUUCAAAGGUAUUCCGAAACGCCUCAUGCAUCUGUAUUUUAUCGCGUAAUACACAGAAAAUGGAACAACGC